AUGAGUAAUAUUAAUCGAGAGCAGUGCGUGUCUAAACUUUAAGGACAUUUAAAAGGGGCCACAGCCACUAUCCAAGGUAAAAUAGGUUUAGAAAUAAACUAGAGAUUGAAGAACUUUUGAUGAGUUAAGAACAUAUUAUCUGGUAAUAAGCAAGAGAAAUUGAAGAACUUCGAAGAAGAUUAAAAUAAUUGGAAAGUUUAGACUUUCAAAAUGAAUAAGUAGUUCAUCUAUAGAACAUUAACAUUUAAUUAAAGACUUAAAUUGAGUUUUUGAGGGGUGAGAUUCAAGAAAAAGAUGCAAUGAUUGCUUAAUUUACUUCUAAGACUGUAUAAUCAGCAUCACCAGAAAUACUUGCUGCAUAACAACAAUUAAUUCAAUAAAAUCUAUAGCUACAAAAUAUUAUAGGGGAUCUUCAAAAUUAAAUUUUGAAUAAGGAUACUGUAAUCGGUUAACUAAAAACUUAGGAAAGCACUUUAGAUUAAUUGAUAGGAUAACUUUAAUCCAAUAUACAAUCAAAACGAAAUAAAGUAGGAGUCACUUAAUAAGGAAAUGAAGCAUAGAGUGUACUGAAUGAAUUAUAAUAAUAUCCAGAAGCAUUACAAGAUGUUAUUGAAAGGAUCAUAUAAGAAUAUAGAAGAAUGCAAUUUCUAAUAGAAGAAAAAGAUAUUGAAAUUUAAAAUUUGAAAUCUCGACUUUAACUCUAACAGCAAAAAGCAAAUGAUUCCAUUUCUGAAAUUAAAAAAAGGGAUAUAUCUCCUAUUCGAUCAGAUUAAGCAUUAGACUUAGCAAAGUAAACAGCAACAAUGGAUGAUAUGAUAAAUGAUUUGGAGAGAAAAUUAAUGUCAUAAGAUAAUAGGAAAAAAGAAUUAUAGGCUAAAUUAUUGGAUGUGGGAACUUAAAAUGUGGAAUUGGAGAAACAAUUAUUAUAAAGUAAAGAUCAACUUCCAAAGACUGUAGAUGAAUUAAUUAAAGCAAAUUUAGAUGUCAAUGAUAAAAUCAAUGAACUUUAAAAAACAUUACUUUAAAAACAAAAUGAGUAAGAUUUAUUAUAAAUAUAAAUUAACAAUAGUAAUAUUGAUAAUUAAUAAUAAUAAUCUAAUUUAAAUAAAUAAGAUUAUGAAAAAGUUAAUACAAGUUAAACUAAAAACAAUGUUGAUGAUUUAGUAUUAGAAAAUUAACAAUUAGAAGAUUUGAUUACUGAAUUAUAAUAAAAAUUAGUAGAUAAAUAAGCUUAAAAAUAAGAAAUAGAGGAUGAAAUUAAGAAAUUGAAUAUACCAGCUUUAUAGUAAGAUUUAAAGGAUAUGUAAAAAUAGCAUGCCAUAUUAGAGACUGAUAAUCAAAAUUAGAAAUAAUAGAUUUAAUAAUUAUAAGAAGAAGUUAAUUAAAAUAAAGAAAUAUAAUAAAAAUUAUUCCAAGAAAAUAAAGAAUUAUAAGAUUCAAAUAAUCAAACUUAAGCAUAAAUUAAAUAGUAAUAAGAUAAGCUAGCAUAAUUACAGGAUCAAAAGAAUAAAAAUACUAAUAAAUUAGUUAAUGAAGAUUUCUAAAAACUUUAGGAGAAAUUUAAUUAGACAGAGGACAAUAAUAAAAUAUUAGAAUAAUUAGUUCAAUAACUUAAUGAAGAACUAAGAUAAUAAUAGUAAGAUAAUCAACCACUAUAAGAGGAACUAUUCAAUUUAAAAAAUAAGUUAUAAGAUACACAACUAAACAAUUCAGAAUUAGCAUAAUAAGUUAAAUAACUUGAAGAUGAAUUAAUCAACUUAAAAAAGGAAUAAUUGUAGAAUAAGGAAUCAGCUAAACCUAGCUAUAGUAAAUCAGGAGAGUAAUAAAGGACAACUUCUAUUGAAAAAUUUAGAGAGCCAUUCUAAAGCAUAGUAGAUAAGGAAGAAUUCUCAUUUGAUUUAGGAAGUGUUAAUUAAUAAGAAUUUUCUUCUUAGGAAGUAACAAGUACACCUGAAAAUCUUAAACAAUCUUAAUUUGCUAAACAUAAAACUUAAGAUGGGAAGUUUAUCACUAUUCCAUUAGAUAUAAUUAAAAAUUAUGAAUAUUUGAUUCGAGAAAAAGAAAAUGAGAUUGAUGAACUCAAAAAUGAACUAGCAAAUUAAGGUCUUUAGAGUAUACCUCUUAAUUUCUAAACUGGAAAUAUUGGAUCUAAUGAAUAAGAUAAUAAUAACUUUUAACUAGAAGCUUCAGCUCCAAAUCAAGAUUAUUAAUAAAAUACAGAAGAUUAAGGAGCCAUAAUUGAAUAAUUGAAGAAGACAAUAAAGACAAAAGAUGAUUAUAUUUAGAUUCUAUUAGAAUAGGUUGAAGAGCUGAAAUAAUUUGGUACAUUACCUGAAGAAAAAUAAAUUGAAAAAUUGGAAGCUAAUCAAAGAAAGUCUGAUGAUCUUGUGAGGUAAAAUAUGGAAAUUGCAGAUAUAAUUAUAGAUUUAGAAAGUAAAUUAGCCAAUAAGAAGAUAGAAAAUGAAGAAUUAAAGAAAUAGUUGGAGGAAGCGAAUAAAGAAUAUAAUGAUUAAUAAAAGAGAGCUAAAAUGUAUCAACUAUAUAUGUUGAAUUAAGAAUUAGAUGAGGAAGUUUCUUUAUCUCCAAAAUUAUCUUAAGAAGAACCUUAGUAUGAAAAUUUAACAGAUGAUUAAUAAGGUACAGAGUAAGAUAAAUCUGAAGACCCUUAAAAAAAAUCCAAAAAGUUAACCAUUAAAGAAAAAUAUGAAAAAAAACUUAAGGAUCUCAAAAGGUAAAAUUAAAAAUUAAUGGCUUAAAUAAAAUAAUUAAAUGAAGGAAAAUAAGAUAAUAUUCCUUUAUAAGAAGAUUGUUUAUAAAUAAAAUAAGAAAAUAAAGAAAUUUCAAAAUAAAAUCAAUCUGAAGAACCUAAAAAAUAAUAAUUACCUUAAUCUAUUGUUACCAAUAAGAAUCCUCAAGAUCUUCAAUAGUAGUAUGAAAAAAGUUUAGAGAAAUAAACUGACUUGAUUUAAGAAGUUUAAGCACUUUAGGAUAUCAUUGAAAGUCUUGAACAGAAGGUUUAGGCUAAGAUAGAAGCAAAGAAUUAAUUGGAAGCUUAACUUGGAGCUUUAGAGAAAAAAACAGAAGUUUAACCAUAAAAUUCUUAACUUUAAGAAUCAGCUACUAUGGCUAGUACAACAAAAUUGGAUUAGGAAACUUUGUAAAAAUAAUAUGAUUAAGAAGUAUAAAUUUCGAGAUUGAAAGACUAGUUAGUAGAAAAAGAAAGAGAACUUACAUAAAUGUCAAAAUUGAAAGACUUAUUAGCAGAAAAAGAAAAUGAACUUAAAUCUUAUAAGGAAUAAAUACCAUCUAUAUAGGAAUAUUAAAAUUAAUAGUUCCUUCAUUAAUAAGAAGAAUUAGUUAACACAGAAUUACGUAAGGAUAUGCAAAGAUUAGAGGACCAAUUAGAAGCUUAAAUUAAACUAAAUAAAGAAUUAUAGCAAAGAAUGGAUAAUCAACAUGAAUAAGCAUCUUAAUUGUCAUAAAAGAUAAGAGAAUCUAUUCAUGACUCUAACUCAUCUAAUUCCUAAAUAAGGGAUAAUAGACAAAAACUUGUAGAAAAAUAAUAAAAGGCAGAUGAAUUAGUUAGAGAACAUUUAAGUUUAGAUGACCUAAUUGAGGAGUUGGAAAAGAAACUUGUAGAAAAAAAUGAUUAUAAAGACUAAUUAUUAAAUUAAUUAUAAGAAGGAACUAAAUAAGCUUAAUAAUCUAAAUUAAUUGAUUAACCAAAAGAACAAUAAGUUUAAUCACAUUAACCAUUUAUAAAAUAGUAGAAUUAAGCAUAAAUGGUUGAACCAAUAUAAGAAAUUAGUGAUGUUUAGUAAGUUGUUAGCAAUAAUGACGAUUAAAUUUCUAUUCCUUUGUAAACAGGAUAGAUUCUACAGGAAAUAGAUCGAGAUAGUUAAAAGUAAGACAUUAAAGAACCAAAUCCUUCUGAAAAAGAAUCCAACUAACUUCAUCCAGCACGAUCAUAACCUGUGUUUGCAAAAGUAGAUGAGGAAAUAGAGCCAAAACUUUAAUAAGUAAAAUCUACUUAAGGAUUUGCUUCACCUCAAGAAUAGUGGGGUAAGGAAGGUAUUGAUGGUAAAAAGUUAUAAGAGGUUUGGGAUUUAUUAAAGAGUAAUACUGAUGCAGAUAAAAGAAUAUAAGAAUUAAGAGAUGCAUUAGCAAGAAAGAACAAGAGAAAAGAAUAAUUAGAGGGUAUAUUUAAUAAAGAUUAAGAAUUGCUGAGUUAAAGAGUAUCAGAUAGUGUUAAUGAGAAAAAAUAAUUAUAAGAUUAAUUACAUUAAAAAAAUUUAUAAAUUGCUGCUUUAAAUGAUGAAUUAUCAAAAUUAUAACAAAAAGUAUUUGAGAAAGAAAAGGUAAUUGAUGAAAAGGAUAGGGAGGUUAGAAAUAGUUUAUUAGUUAAGACAUAUUAAGAUAAUUGUGAUAAAGCUGAUGAGUUAAUUAGAAAGAAUAUCUAAAUAGAAGAAACUGUGGCAAAUUUAGAAUUAAAAUUAGCUGAAAAAUAAUAAAGAAUGAAGGAUCUUGAAUUUUAAAUAGGAGCUGACUCUAGUAUUUCGAAUAUACAAGAAUAAAGGGAAAGUGGUUUGAUUAUUAAAUCUUAUGAUUAAGAACAAGAUACAUAAUUGCAAUAAUAGGAAUAAGUACUUUAGGGUUAUAGUAUGAAUAUCGAUUAAUUGAAAAAUAAAAUUGUUUAAUUGAAUAGUGAAUUAUCUGAUAAAGAUACGAUUAAUUAAGAUCUUCGUAAUUAAGUAGCAGAUUUGAAGAAAUAAAUUCAUGGUUAUUAAUUAGCUCAAUAGGAUGUCAAAGUAAUCAAAAAGUAAAAUAAGUAAUUGCAGGAUGAGAUAUAAGCAUUAGUUUAAGAAAAUUUAGCUUUUGAGGAUUUAAUUCGUGAUUCGGAAUAUAAGUUAUAAGAGAAAAAGUCAAGAGCCAAAGAAUUAGAUAUGGAAAUUAAGAAUGCUGAAAUUCAAAUUUAAGUUGAGAAAUAGACUAAAGAAAAUUUAAUACUUUAAUAAAAGAUAUAACAAACAGAUGAAUUAAUUAAAAAAAAUUUAGAAUUAGAUGAAGCUUUAACAAAUUUGGAAUUGAGAAUCCUAGAUAAAUAAUAGUUAUUAUCAUAAAAGGAGGCUCGAUUAUCUAAUUAGAAUUCAAGAAUUUUGCAAUAGCCAAUGUAUAUUUAUUAAGAAGAUUCAGAUGAAAAAGUUAGCAAUAUGAAAACAGAAACAUCUCCAAAAGCUUAACAUUAACAUCCUUUGAUUUAAGAACAUAAUAACAAUUUGAGUGAAUUGACUAGUUCUAUUACUCAAAUGUAAGAAUAGGUGAGAUAAUUGAGUCUUGAUGAUAGUGAAUUUGAAUUCUAUUAAUAACAGAAAAAAGAAAAGUAAUUGGAAAUAGAAACAUUAAAAUAAUAAAUAUUUUAAUAAAAUGAAGUUAUGCAAGAUCUAAAAUAAGAAUAGAUUGAAAAGUAGUAAUAAAUUGAAUAACUUUAGAAGGAGAACUCUAAUUUUGAUGAAUUAGUUGAGGAAUUAUAAUAAAAUUAGAAAAAAAUGAUUGAAUAAGAAAUUUCAAAGAAAGAUUAAAAUUAACCAUAAGAGAUUGGAGGUCCAGAGCAAAGUGAAAUAAUUAAAACAAAAUCAGAGAAUUUAGAAUUGAGUAAGAAAGUUCAUAAUUUGAAAUAGACAUAGAAAUAGUUAAAGAAUUAAAUUGCUAAUUAUGAUUCUUUAAUUAUAGAUCUUGAAACAGUAGUUGCAGAUAAGAAAAAUGAGAUUUAGAAAUUAAAUAAAGAUAAUUAAUUUUACUAGUAAUAAAAUAGAAAGUAAAAAGGAAAAAGAGAUUUAUUACAUAAAGAAUAAAAUAAUUUAUAAUAUCAACUUAAACUUUUAGAGCCUUAAUUAUAAGAACUUUAAUAAACUGAAAAAUAAAUAUAAUAAUAAAUUGCAUAGAUUUAGCAAAAUUUAAAAGAUUUAAAUGAUAAAUGUAUGCAAUUAGAAGAAUAAAUAAAUUAGAAGCAGCAAAUAAAUUCAGCAUUGGAAUUAUAAUUAUAAAUAUUAAAUCAAGAAAUAAAUUAAUAAAAUGAAAAGAAACAAUUAUUAGAAUCUGAUUUGAAUUAAUUGAGAGAUGAAAAUUAAGGAAUUGAAUAAGAAGUGAAGAUAUAUAGAAAUCUAAGUUUGGAAGAUAUUACAUUAAGUGAACAAAUAGAUACUCUUACAAAAUAGAUAAAUGAUGAUAAACAAACUUAUGAAACCUUAUAAGAUGAACAUAAAGCUACAUAAGAAUAAAUCAGUUUAUUAUUACCUUAAAAUAAAGAGAUUGAUUAAUUGAAAGAAACUGCUAAAUUAUAAUAUGCAUAAAAUGUAGAAGCUUUAAAUAAUUUAUAAUAAGAAUUGUAAUAAAAGAUUGAAUAGAAGAAUAAAAUAUUCCAAGAAGUUUCAGAAACUGAGAAAUAUCUUGAUGAGAAUAAUCAUCUGCUUUAGGAAUUGAAUGAGAAAAAGGCUAAUCUUGAAGAUAAAAUAAAAAAAGAUGAAGUGUUGGUUAAUGCAGUAGCUUCUAAAUCAAAACGAUUAUCUGAAACUUUAGAAUAUGAAAAAUAGAAUUAUAAUGUACUUAAUGCUGAAUUAGAAGAUCUUUUAAAGAAGAAAUAGGUCUAAGAAUAAGAGUUUUUAAAGGUUAAGGAUGAAAUUUAAAAAAUGAAAACGGAAUAAGAGUUGUUAUUACAAUAAUAAUAACAGUAUCAAAAUUUAAAGGAAUAGAUUGAUAAAUAUGAAUAAGACAUUGAAAUUAAUCUUAGGAUAGUUCCAGAAAGAGAAGAAUAAAUAUCAUAAUUGUUAGCAAUAAUUGAAAAGAAAAAUGAAGUCUUGGGUACAAAGUAAGAGGAUGUAGAUAAAUUAAAUAAAUUACUUGAAGAAUUAUAAUAAGAGAAGGAACAAAAGGAAAGAGAGUUGGAGGAUUAAAAUUAACUUAUUAAAAACAUUGAGGAAUAAAUUAUUGAAAAAUAUUAGAGAGAAAAGGAUUUAAAGGAUUAAUUAGAAUCAAUAUAAUUGAGAGAUCUUGAAACUGAAUUAAUUGACAAAAUGGAAUAAUCUAUGGCAUAAUAGGAAAUGUUAGACUCAAUUGAAUAGUUAAAAAAUUAAGUUUAAAAAUUAAGAGAGGAAGAUGAUUAACUUAAAUAAUAGAUUUAAGAAUAAGAAACUAUAAAUAAUGAUCAGAGAUAGGAACUUGAAUUUAAAUUAUUAGAAAAGAAUGAUAUAGAGUAAGAUCUUCAUUCUGCAUCAGCUUAAUUAGAUGAAAUGAAAUUUUAAUUAGAAGAAAAGAAUGAUUAAUUGACAAAAUUAAAUGAUUAAUUUAAAAAGGUUGAUGAAGACUCUAAGAUGAUGGAAGCUGUUUUAUAAUUGAAGGAAAAGGAAUUAAAAUAAUUAUAAAAGAAGAAAGAAAAUUUAAUAGAUGAAUUAGAGAAAACAAAUAAUGAUGUUGUAGAGGCUUAGAAACAAUUGGCAUCUAAAAGAAAGAAAUAAAGAUCUUUAGGUGCAGAACCUUAAUAAUAAGAUGAAGAUAUGGAGGAAGAUAUAUAAGAUAAGAUUACUUCUUUGAAUUCACGUAAUAAUAAUUUGAAGGAUGAUCUUUAAAAAUUGGUAGAAUAGAGUCCAGAUACAACAGAAAAGAAAGCUGAAGAAUAAUAAGUUAUCAAAAAUAUUCCUAUUUCAGUUUCACAAUUUGCUCCAGAUAAAAUUUAGUAAACAUUAUAAGAUAGAGAUAAAAAAAUAGAAAUAUUAGAAAUGACUAUAUAGACUUUAUAAUAAUAAUAGCAUGAAAGAAAUAGUAUGAUUCCUUCUAUGUUUUAAUCUAAGAUGUCAGUAUAGCCAAGUUUCUUUAUGGAUGAUGAUCCUUUAUUAUUAGAAUUAUAAGAAAAAUUCACAAAGGAAAGUGAAUUGUUGAAGGAUUUGCAAAAUAAAAUUAAAUAGACUGCUGAAAGUCAUUAUGCUUUAUCUUUAUAAUUAAAGGAUUGGGCUGAAAAGGAAAAUAGAUUAGCUAAAGAAUUAGAUACAAGAAGAUAGAGUGUAGAAUAAAUAGAGUUUGAACUCUAAGCAAUAUUUACAAAAUAAUCAGAUUUAGAAUCUGAAAAAGUUAAUGUUUUAUAAAGAAUAUAUUAGUUAGAAAUAGAAACAUAAGAACUUUAUGAAUAAGAAGGUAAUACUAAAAAUAAAUUGAAGGAAAAGAAGGAUUACUUAUAAACACUUUACAAAAAUUUGGUUGAGAGUGAUUAAAAACUUUUACAAUUAAGAAAUAGAAUGGCUUUAUAUUCUCAAGAAGGAAGAUAAUUAGCUGAAUAAGUUGAGAAUUUAGAGAAUGAAAAAGAAAAUAAAUUAUAAUAUUUACAAGAUAUUCAGGCAGAUUUAGAACAUGCAGAAAUGGAAAAUUAAGAAAAAUAAGCCUUAGUUCAAUCUAUAGCUAAAGAAAUUAGUGAAACUCAAUAAGAAAAAGAUAGAUUAGAAAUAUAAUAUGCAACAGUACAUAGCAAGAAUUAAUAAUUAAAAAGUUAAAUUGGGUUUGAAGAAUCUCUAUAUUAAAAAUUACUUUAAGAAUUAGAAAUUGCUAAAAAGAGAGACUAAACUAAAUUUCAAAAUCUGUUUUCAGAUGGAUCAACUUAAACUGAAUAUGACAUAGAAUAAUUUGAAAGUUUAUCCAAUAGUACUUAGAUGUUCAAGAUAACAAAAGAUGAUGCAUUUUAAUUAAAGGAAAAUUGUAGGUAAAGAUUGAUUUAAAUAUAUACUAAUGAAAAUACUAGCAUUUAAUAAACUAUAAAUUAAAAUCAACAUUUAAAGAAAUUGAUUCAUUUACAAUAAAUGUUAAUUCAAAUAUAAGAAAAUGAAAACUUAAAUUUAAUUGAAUAUUCAUCUAGAAGGUCAUCAAAAUUAGGAUUCAAAGUAUUAGAUGAAUCAAUUUAUAAUAUGAAAUUAGAAUUAGAAUAAGUAUAUAUAUUUUAUUUAUUUUCUAGAUUGAUUUUAUGAUGACUAAAACUAAAUUAGUUGAAGUAUAAGUAAGUGAUCACUAAAUCAUAAUUGGAGAUACUAAAAUAGCAAGAUAAUGGAUAAUAGAUAGAUAAUUUGAUUAUGAUAAUGCAUUGUAUCCUUUGGGUGUGUUGAACAUCAUUUAUAAAGUAUAAUAAUAAUAAAUGUAUUUAGGUAUCCCUUUAUCAAGUGAUUAAUAUUUCAUUAACAGGAACAAAAGUAUUAAACUUAUAUUAAUCUAUAUUAUGA